AAACAAAAACAUGAAAUUUCAAAUUUGAUAAUAAUUUAAAUAAUUAUUUGUUGUUUUGAAGAUGCAAUAUCUUGAUGAAGACUACUGUAGAAUUUGUUUGGAAUUUUUCCCUUGCAUAGAGGGUACGCAUAUUUCAAAGGAAGUCAAAUUAAACAAGACAAUUUCUGAAAUUAUCGAGGAAUGUGCUUCAGUUCAGAUAAGCGAGAAAGAUCCAUAUUCCAACUAUCUAUGUUCGCAGUGCCACCAAAAACUGAUAGCCUUAAACGAUUUCCGUGCACUAAUCAUAAAAUCCGAUAUCAUCUUAAAACAAAAACAAUUCCCUUUUAAAACACACCUUGAUAUUGAUGUAAUAAAAAAUGAAAAAGAAAAUUUAAUCAAAGAAGAAAAAGCUGCUGAUGAAAAUCUAGAAACCAAUGAAAACCUUGUGAGAAUAAAUGCAGGAAGGAAACCUUCAAAACUACCAAAACGCAACCGGAAAGUGCACAAAUUCCAGUGCGAUAUCUGCAAUAAAACUCUAUUGGGACGCUCCAACCGUCUAACACAACACAUAAUAACUGCUCAUUCCGAUAUUAAAAAUUUCCAAUGCGAAAUUUGCCAGAAGAAAUUUAAAAGCAAACAACAGUUGGUCAAUCAUGGAAGAGUGCAUACUGGGGAAAAACCUUACAAGUGUUACACUUGUGAAGAAACUUUUGCCUCAAAUCAGAAUUUAUUCAAUCACAACAAGAAACAUACGGGCCAAUACAAAAGCUACAAAUGUGCAUUAUGCGAUAAAGGCUAUUCGACACCUGGCGAAUUCGAAACCCACAAACGAAUAGUUCACACUGGAGAAAAGCCAUUUUUGUGCGAAAUUUGUAGUCAGACUUACAGCAGUGCUAGGAAUCUGGGAUUACAUAUAAACAGAGUACAUAAAAAGACUGAAAAGUGUCCAAAGUGCAGCUUAAUGUUCAACACAAAACGUCUACAGCAGCACCUACAAAAACACCAAGAUAAAGAAGCAGGAAUCAGACGUUACACGUGCGACAAAUGCGGGAAAGGGUUUUUCACACCUCAUGCCUUAAAAAGACAUGAAGUCGUCCAUACAAAAGAACGACCUUAUUCUUGUCAGAUUUGCGAUAAGAGUUUCAGUCUAAAAUCCGGAGUAAAUAUGCACAUGAAGACUCACAGUGACGUCAGGGAAUUUUCUUGUGAUGUUUGCUCGAAGACUUUCAAGUAUAAGCAACAUUUGCAAAUGCAUUUGAAGGAGAAACACAAAGAAGUUGCCUCAUAGCCCUCAUAAUUAGUAUAUUUCAGUUUCCUUUACUUGACUGAGUUUAUUCGAGAACUUUUCAUCCUGUAUAAAAAAUUCUGUAAUAGUUAUUUUAAAUAAAUUUAAAUGAUGAAUAGUGAGAUAGUUAUGUUCCACUAAACCCCCACAUUUUGC